AUGGAAGACACUCCCCUCCCCCCCGCAAGCACCGACCCCCGCGACCUCGCCGCCCUCGAAUCCAACCCCUCCGUCCUCUUCCCCACCUUCACCUCCAGCACCGCCUGGACCCUCGGCCUGGCCCUGCGCGAGCGCAUCCUCUCCCUCCCACCCACACAACGCAAACCAGCCUUGAUCUCCAUCACUCUGACCGGCGGCUCCGAACCACACGUUAUCUUCCAAUGCGCGACCGAGCCCGGCACGGUAGCAGACAACGAGGUGUGGGUGCGACGGAAGCGCAACACGGUGUUGCGAUGGGGCGUGUCGAGUUGGUUGAUGAGACAGAAGAUGUUGAGUUCGACGGGGGCGGAAGCGAGUGAGGUGGAGGCGGCGUUUGUGAGGAAGUUUGCCUUGACGAGUAGCGGCGGUGGAGGCGCGGCGGAUGAGUUUGCGAUUCAUGGGGGUGCGUUUCCCAUUCGUGUGAGGGGCGUGGAUGGCAUUGUGGGUGUUGUGGUGGUGAGUGGGUUGAAGCAGGAGGAUGAUCAUCAGGUGGUGGUGGAGACGGUGAGGGAGGUUAUUGCGAAGAUGUAAAUGGAUUUAUCAGUGUAUUAUAUUUAUAGAUUUUGUACUCGAGUGGAUUGUUCAUAUUGUGUUGUGUGGUGGUUAUGUUACGUGUAUAGUCUACACAAUUAGAAGUCAAGUUUGGAUAAAAGGUAUCAUGCAAUUGCUGCCUCUAAUAAUGUCAAGGU